UACAAAAAAGAAGAAUAGAAAAAGAACCACUUUAACAAACUAAGCGUAAAAUGGCGCUACUACUGAACUACUCACCACAUACUAAGAAACCUCAUCUUCUUCCCCUUUCCCAUCCCACUCUCAGAAAUUUCUCCAUCAAAUUCCAGGACCCUUCUUCUGAUAAAUCUACAGAGGACACGUCAUCAUCUACGGUGGUUCCACCUCCCAAGAAGCCCAGCUCCAGUUCCUUAGGUUUUGGCUCUUCGGUUUCCAGCCCAGUAACAUCCAAGAAAAAACAAAAGGGAAAAGGAGAAAGGGCUUCAGUUAUUCGAAGAGAACCCAUUCAAAAGCCUAGGUUUGCUACCCAACCGGAGGAAUCUGGUGGAUCGAAGGGAUUUCAGAAAAAUGAGAGUGCUUUUCUUCUUGCUUGGUUAGGACUUGGUGCUAUUAUCCUUGUGGAGGGUAUCCUUCUUGCUGCCUCAGGCUUUUUACCGGAGGCAUGGGACAAUUUUUUUGUGAAGUAUCUGUAUCCAUCCUUUACUCCAACAGUCUUCCUGUUUGUGGCUGGAACAGUUACCUAUGGAGUGUUGAAGUACCUGCAGAACGAGAAAUUUAAUAGUGAAAACUGAUACUAUUUGCAUGUUAUAUCGAGUAUUUAGGUAAGUUUAGUUAGUUUGUUCAGUCUUGUAAACUACAAAUGUGAGAAACUCUGACUAUGGAAUAGCAAGAAAUACUUCUGGAAGUGGAUUCCACCACAGGCUAAUGUGUACUUCAAUUUGUUAUAAGUUGUCAUAAUUUGUUGGUGAAGUUAGCUUCUUAUACUGUAUUUACUUCAUACAGAUACAUUUGCAAUCUACUGUAUUUGCAAGGGCAUAGAGUAUUCCUUUUUUUUCCAAGUUGCAAGUCGAAGUGUUUAGUUUCU